CGCCAUGGACUCGGACUCCUGCGCCUCCCCACCGCCCCCCCAGGAUUUCCCCCCCAGCUCCAGGAGAUGCCGCACCGUGGAGGACUUCAACAACUUCUGCACCUUCGUCCUGGCCUACGCCGGCUACAUCCCCUACCCCCAGCAGGACUCCGUGCGGAGCAGCCCCAGCCCCCCCAACAGCACCGGCGGCACCAUCGACAGCGACGGCGGGGAGACCCACUAUGGGGUCGCCCCCUCGGCCCUCUCCCUGGGCCAGCUCAAGCGGGGCGCGUCCUACUCUGCCCUGUACCCCUGGGACGAGCCCGGGGGCUUCCUGCUGGAGAGGAAGAAGCCGGAGAAGAUGAGGAGGAAGAGGAAGCUGGGGAGGAGGGACGGGCAGGCGGCACCACCGGUGGCGGCGGAGGGGGGAGAGUACCGGGCAAAGCGGCUGAAAGAGGAGGAGGGGAGGACUCCUGCAAGCCCCUCCUCGGAAGGUGAAGCUCAGUCCUCCGCCGAUCGCUGUUCAGCUUGGGACUCGGACACCCCUUCCAACGCCUCCUACCCGCCGGCGGUCCUCAAGGAGGAGCAGGGCCCGAUCCAGACGGUGGGCAAGCGCACCAUCAUCCGGCAGGGGAAGCAGGUGGUCUUCCGGGACGAGGACGGCAGCGCGGAUGACGAGGACAUCAUGGUGGAUUCCGAUGACGAUUCCUGGGACCUCGUGACUUGUUUCUGCAUGAAGCCCUUUGCCGGACGGCCCAUGAUCGAAUGCAACGAGUGCCACACCUGGAUCCACCUCAGCUGUGCCAAAAUCCGCAAGUCCAACGUCCCCGAGGUCUACGUCUGCCAGAAGUGCCGGGACUCCAAGUUCGACAUCCGACGCUCCAAUCGCUCCCGGAUGGGCUCACGCCGACACUUCCUGGACUAGCAGGUGGACCCUUCCCUGAGAUGCAAAUGGACUCACCCUGCAGAACUCAAGACUCCAGUUGGAGGGGAAGGA